UCCGGCUGCAGGAUGAGUGUGCGGAGGUGGCCGGGACGCAGGGCACCGCCACGGCGGCGUCCCCCCUGCAUCCGCCUUGGCAGCUGUUCCUCAGAGCCACUCAGCGCUCGCACCGAGCCUGGUGCGUCAGGGAACACCAGCUCGUCCAUUCAUUCCACGACCCCUCGGGCCGCCUCCCUGGCCUGCCUCGAGCUCGGGGCUGGUGUGGCGGGUCCCCGGGCAGUAGAGGCCCUGCCGCGUGGGGGACGCAGGUAUGAAGCGGCCGCUGAGCCCGGGCCCCCCGGGUGAGAGGGGGCCCCCCGCGUGCGGAGCUGCCGAGCGCCCCCCGCAGCCCCCGGAGACCCUGAAGGCCAGGCGGGAGCGCAAGCGGCCGUCCUACACGCUGUGCGCCGUGUGCAACAUCCAGCUCAACUCGGCGGCGCAGGCGCAGGUGCACUGCGGGGGGCGCGCGCACCAGCGGCGGCUGCGCCAGCUGCGCCUGGGCCCGGGGCCCUCGGAGCCAGGCCCGGCCUCCAGCGCCCCCAGCCCGCUGCUGGGCCCCCUGCCCCUGCCUGCCCGGCUUCCGCAGCCCACGCUGGACGCCAAGCACUGGCUGGCCCUUCAACUCCACGGUGCCGCCCCCCUCGGCCUCUUCCCCAACUUCAGCACGAUGGACCCAGUCCAGAAAGCGGUCAUCAGCCACACUUUUGGGCUCCCCGCCCCUCUGAAGAAGAAGCUGUUUAUUUCCUGUAACAUCUGUCACCUGAGGUUCAAUUCAGCGAACCAGGCCGAGGCCCACUAUAAAGGCCACAAACACGCCAGGAAAGUCAAGGCCGUCGAAGCUGCCAAGAGCAAGCAGAGGCCGCAGACGCUGGCCUGGGAUGGGGCUGCCGUGUCCCCAACCCUGACCCCCGCCAGUGUCAGCGGGGACCCUGGGGAGCCAAGAGCCAGAGCCUCUCCCCUUGGCCCGCCGCACCAGCCACCACUGACCCUGGAGCCCUCUCCCCCGGAGCCGGGCCACGCAGACCUGGUAGACCCGGCCUCCUCCGCCUCCUGCUGCCCACCCUGCUCCCCAGAGCCGGGCAGGGAGGCUCCAGGGCCUGAGCCUGAGGCAGCGGCAGCAGCAGCUGCGGGGAGCGGCCGCAGUGGGGCAGGUGGCCACGAGAAGGGGCGCCUCUACUGUCCCACCUGCAAGGUGACCGUGAACUCGGCCUCCCAGCUUCAGGCCCACAACACAGGAGCCAGACACCGGUGGAUGGUGGAGGGACAGCGGGGGGCUCCCCGCAGGGCCCGGGGCCGCGCAGUGUCCCGGGGAGGAGCCGCACACAAGGCCGGGAGAGUGGUGGGGGUCCGGGGCGGCCGGCAGAGUCCCAGGCCCCCUUUCCACUGUGCGCUGUGUCAGCUGCAGGUCAACUCCGAGACCCAGCUCAAGCAGCACAUGAGCAGCCGGAGGCACAAAGACCGCCUGGCUGGGAAGCCCCUCAAGCCCCCUAAGCCUCCCAGCCUGCACAGCAAGCUGCAGAAGCAGGCGGCGCUGGCAGUGAGCGUCCUCAAGUCCAAGCUGGCCCUGCAGAAGCAGCUCACCAGGACGCUGGCCGCCCGCCUCCUGCCCAGCCCGCUGCCCGCCGCCGCCCCUGCCAUCUGCGCCCUACCCGGGCCCCUGGCCCUCCGGCCGGCGCCCGCCACCCUCUUCUCCGCGCCCGUCCUGGGCGCCACUCUGUUCCGCGCUGCUGCGGGGGCCAUGCGCCCCACCCCCGGACCCGUGGUCUUCGCGCCCUAUUAGCCUGGCCCGGCCGACUCCCCGCGGAGCCUCCUGCCCAUCCAGGAGCUGCAGGGCGGGUUCUGGGGCGGCUUCCCUCAGGAUGCAGACCGGGGCUUAGCCAUCUCCCUCCCCUCACCCGUCGUCCGGGGCUCCCCCAGAGCCCCUGCAUCCCCAACACCCCCCAUCUGUGCAAACCCGGCAGGGCCCCCCG